GUCCACAAGUCGCGUUUAAAAAAAUGGCGGCGACAGUAGGUACGGAAGCGACGCUCGCUACAAAGCGAGCUGCCGGCGAUGGAGAAGUGGUCGAUGAAUCGGCGAAAAAGGCGAAGCUCGAUAACGGUGCGACCGCUUUCCAACACGUUUCGACCUUCGGCGAUUUCAAACCGCGCCGCAUAUUGAGCGAAGACGCGCGGACCAAGUUCAUGGCUGUAGAAGGUACGUUCGGCGGCGAUGCGUCUGAUAGCGCUGCCGCCGCCGUUAUUGUUGUGGAAAAGACCCCUUUCAGCCGUGAAAAUUACGAACUCGUCUUCACCGCGGACACGAAGCUGGAAGAAACUUUCCACAACGACGUCUACACAUCGUAUGGGGGCAAGCUAUCCGCUGCGUUGAAUGGUCUCACGGCCACUGUGAUCUGUCCUGCGACUCAAAAGCAUGUGGACAAGUACCUCUUUAAGCCACAGCAUAUGAUCACCGAGACUCCAAAGCUGUACAAGGAAGUGACAGAGCCGUACAUCACCUCACAGCAGCUUUCUUUGCAGUGGGUCUACAACAUCCUCGAGCACAAGAAAGAGUCUGAGCGCAUCCUGUUCGAAGAUCCGGACCCGAAAACGGGUUUCAUCCUACUGCCGGACAUGAAGUGGGACACCAAGCAGCCGGAGAACCUUUAUGUGCUCGUCAUCUGCCACAAGCAUGGCAUCAGGUCGCUCAGGGACCUGACGGCCGACCACCUGCCACUGCUGCGCAACAUUAACGACAAAGUCAAUGCGGCGUUGCUACUGCAGUUUGGCAUUCCUUCACACCGGCUGCGUGGCUACCUGCAUUACCAGCCUUCGUACUACCACCUGCACGUGCACUUUUCGGUGCUUGGCUUCGAUGCGCCUGGCACGCAGGUUGAGAGGGCGCAUCUACUGUCCACAGUCAUAUCGAACCUUGAAACGUGCCCUGACUACUACCAGAAAGCUACACUGGGCUUCACUGUCAAAGAGGGCGACGGUCUGCAUACAAAGUAUAAGGAAGCCGGCUACUUCGACUAGACUGGCAUCGAGCUUUGAUCUGUAUUACCUUGUUUUUACGCAACAUGUUUGUUUGCUA